AUGAAGUUAAUUAAGGAAAUUUUCAUCUUAUUGACUUUGGUCACCACCGCUACGUGUUACUCCUUUGAAGCCUUAAAGAGGGAUACCAAAGAUGAAUACCUUGUGAAGAAGUUACCAGGUUUAUUCGAUAUGCCUCAUGAUGAAAUCCCCCUUAUGUUCUCGGGACAAUUGGAGAUAUAUAAAGAGAAUGAUACCAAUUUAUUCUUCUGGAAAUAUGUUGAUAAUAACAUUGACCCUGAAUUCAAGAAACGUACAAUUUUUUGGCUUAAUGGUGGACCAGGAUGUUCAUCAAUGGAUGGUGCUUUAAUGGAAGCUGGACCAUUUAGAAUUAGUGAUGAUGGUAAAGUUAUUAAAAACGAAGGAUCUUGGCACAAUGCUGGUGAUAUUGUGUUUGUUGAUCAACCCGCGGGCACUGGGUUUAGUUACACAAAAGAAUAUGAUCAUGAUCUUGAUCAAGUUGCAAGACAAUUUUUGAAAUUCUUGGAGAAAUUUUAUGAAUUGUUUCCUGAAGAUAGAGAAAAUGAAAUUUAUUUCGCCGGUGAAAGUUAUGCUGGUCAGUAUAUUCCUUACAUAGCUAAAGCUAUUUUAGACUUCAACAAAAACACCGAUAAACCUUAUAAUUUGAAAGGUUUGUUAAUCGGUAAUGGUUGGAUUGCUCCUGAUGUACAAAGUUUAUCAUAUUUACCAUUUGCAUUGGCUGCCAAUAUUAUAGAUAAUAAGAAUUCCGAAUGGGGUAAUAUUCUCAGACAACAUGAAAAAUGUCAAAAUGUUGUCAAUUCCAAGUCAGGAGAUACCUUAAGUGAUUCUGAAGUUGUCAGUCGUACUUGUGAAGUUAUUUUGAAUAAGAUUUUAUUUGCAACUUUAGAUCAUUCCAUGAAUGAAGAUCAAAGAUGUUUUAAUAUGUAUGAUUACACAUUGAAAGAUUCAUACCCAUCUUGUGGAAUGAACUGGCCACCUGAUUUGGUCAAUGUUAAUCCAUUUUUGAAUUCUGAAGAAGUUCAACAUGAUUUGAACUUAAAAUUAUUCAAGAAAUGGCAUGAAUGUUCAGGAAAAGUCGGUAGAAACUUCAAUGCUAAACAUUCAAUUCCUUCAGUAAAAAUCUUACCUGAUAUUUUGGAACAAAUUCCUAUUGUAUUGUUCCAUGGUAAUAGAGAUAUCAUUUGUAACUAUAUUGGAGCAGAAAAUUUCAUUAAAGAGAUGAAGUGGAAUGGAGAGACAGGUUUCAAGAGUGAUGAAACAUUUGAUUGGAUUUAUAAUAAUGAUAUCAGUGGUUAUAUCAAAACUGAAAGAAAUUUGACUUUUGUAAACGUUUUCGAUUCUUCUCAUAUGGUUCCAUUUGACAAACCUGAGGUAUCAAGAAGUUUAAUUGAUAUAUUAUUGCAAAAUUACGAUAUUGUUGACUUUGAAGCAACUGGUGGAAGCAAGAAAAGAGCUAUCAAGACAUAUCCAUUAGGAGUUAGAAAAUUAACAUCACCAUCACCAUCAGAGUCUGCCGAUGUCAAUUCUAUAAUCGAAUCUGCAUCUAUGUCAAAAGCUACUGGUAAAGCAAAACCAUCAUCCGUUGUUAGUGAUACAUCCGCUUCAUCUUCACCUUCAUCAACUACUACCGAUUUAUCCGACUCAGACUCAGAUUCAGAUAGUGAUGAUGAAAACGAAACAUCCAGUAAACUUACUAGAAUAAUUCAAUUCAUCGUCCUCGUCAUUAUCUUAUGGGGAAUUUAUAUGUUAUAUUCUCAUUAUAGAACCAGACCAUCAUCCAUUAUAAAGACCAAACCUUCAGGAAGAAAGAAGAACGUCCAAUGGGCCGAUCAAUUGAGACAAUUCCAUGACGGUGAUGCUAACGAACCUGGUUUCAUUACUAAAGCAUUAAAUAAAUUCAGAGGAAUUGAUGAUCGUGGAAAUUACGAUCAUGUUGCUGAAGAUAUUGAAUUAGGAGAAAAUGUCAAUCACAUUGAUGAAUUCAUAAUCGAUAGUGACGACGAAACUCAUCCUUAUAAAGAAUCACAAAGGUCACAAUCAGAUGAAUCCCAUCAAUCUCAAGAUGGAACUAAUGAUACCAAGUCAGAUGUUUAA